UUUAUUUAUUUAUUUAUUUAUAUAAUAUUUAUUAUAAAUUUAUUUAUUCAUUUAUAACGAAACGUGGAGUGAUUUAAAAUAGUGAUAAAAACAUAAUAAUGAGUUAUAGCGAUUUUAAUCAAAGUUACAGAUUUUAGUUUCCCAACCAUUCCAUUAGUAUAAUUAAGUGUUUAAUUUAAAAAUAAGUAGUGAAAAAUAAAAAAUGAUGUACAGGAGGCGAGGUUCAAACCUCGACGUGUAUAUUGCGGCUCUAGUGUUUUGUUGGCAGCAUUUACUAACGUCAUCGUCACCUUUAUACCCUUAUCAUGGAUCCUUGUCAGUUGAGAGCGGUCGCAACAUCAGGCACCUUCCAUGCAUAUCAAGGAGGUCAGGUCAAGAAGGAAUCUGCAUGUUUGCUAUAGAUUGUCUGAAAGCUAAUGGAACGCAUCUUGGAACAUGUAUAGACCGAUUUUAUUUCGGUUCCUGCUGUCAACUCGAAGAUAAGCUUCUAUCCGGUGAAACGGAAAUUCUCGACAACAGUAUAGAUCAUAAUGAUACGCCUACGCAAAAGACAGACGGCGCCACAUUGCCGCCAAGUUUGUCAAAAGUCACGUUUCCUUCGAAAACGAAACCUUCCUCUCCCGAGGUUUACAUGUCACCGAGCGUCAAUCAGUUAUACACGACGUCGACGCUGAGAACGACAUCUAAAAUACCGUUAUCGUCAGUUAAACCCUGGAGUAAGAAACCGAUAGUGAAUAUAUCAACAUCUGCUCAUGCUACAAAAAUUCCUGAAAUAACUACUGAAAUAUCUUAUAAGUUGUCGACGUUCCAAACUGUGCAAAGUAGCGAUCACAAUGAUUCUAAUUUGAGUUCGACGGAACAUCCUCGAACAACGACGAGUCCUAUAACAAAAGGUACCGUAGCUGAUGCAGUAGUUACAGAAAAGCCAACCAGAAGACCUAUCACUAGACCUACGACAACUCAUAGGACGACAGUGACACACGUUCCGCGCCCAACCUCAACAUCUACAUCUCAAACUCAUAGGCCGAGACCCAAACCGAGCAGACCUACCGGCAAACCAACCCCGAGCCGGAGGCCGAUUUCCAAACCUACAAGUAGCCCAACACAAACUACUGGAAGGCCCACGACUGUCAAACGACCAAAUGGCACUCGCAAACCGACGGUUCGUCCCGUACACGAUAGCAAACCUAAUGUAACUAGUACUACACACACGCAAUCUACAAGCAAGCCCGUUGAUACCACAAAACCAUAUUCCACUUCGAGUCAUAGACCUACUUCGGGAAGCACACGACCAUCUCAAAAUCACACUAGACCGACCAGACCUCAUAAACCAAUAACUACAGUGGUAUUAUUAGAUACCGCACCUAAAGAAAAUACCACAAGUGCAAAACCGGCAACGACUGCAGUACCUACUAAAGGUCCAACUACAACGCCGGAACCAUUUUUAACGACUUCAUAUGUAGAAACAACUACAGUAAAAGAUAUUGAUGCUGCCCCAGUCACAGACGCAAGUAAUCAUUCUAAGAAGCCAGAAAUUGUUACAACUACUACGAGUGUUUCAUCAUCUGGAACAUCCACAUCGUCGUUUUUCACAACGGAAAAGACUGAAAGCGAGAAAACAACAAUAAAUGCUACUACGUUGACGACACGACAACCAAUAUUGGAAGAAAAUGAUUCCGCUACUACUACACAGAAAAUUGGCUUGGUCACGUGGACGAAUGUGGAGGAAGAUUCAGUUACAUCGUCUCCUGUAAAUGACACUAAAGGAGAAUGGACUCCUAUUACUACACCAGAUGGUUGGGUCUUAUUACCUUCGGUUACUCCAAGUACAACUUUGCCAUCGUCUAGUAUAAGUUCGACAUCACCAGACACAACUACACUUGGAGUUAGUACUUUAAAUUCACAAGAUGUUUCUACUUCAGGAGAGCCAUCAAUGAAUGAAAUAUCUACUUCUGAAAAACCAUUCGUUCCGGUUGAAAUAAGCACAUCAUCACCUACAACGGGAAAUGAUACGACUACCACGUCUACGACAUCGGUCAUCCCUGUAUCACAUGGAAAUUAUCCAUCGGUUAAUAUGUCAGAUUUCAGAAGCGUGUGCGGUCGGCGGCUGUUUCCCGAAGCGCGCAUAGUCGGCGGAGCGAAGGCGACCUUCGGCAAGUGGCCUUGGCAGAUCUCGCUCAGACAGUGGAGGACGUCGACCUAUCUGCACAAGUGUGGAGCGGCCCUUCUUAACGAAAACUGGGCCAUUACUGCUGCUCACUGCGUUGACAAUGUGCCACCGAGUGACCUCUUAUUGCGACUGGGAGAACAUGAUCUGUCUAUAGAAGAUGAACCUUAUGGGUACCAGGAGAGGAGGGUUCAAAUAGUUGCUUCGCAUCCACAAUUCGACCCGAGGACGUUCGAGUACGAUUUGGCAUUGCUGAGAUUCUACGAGCCCGUGAAUUUCCAACCUAAUAUUCUUCCUGUUUGUGUGCCACAUACCGAUGAAGGAUUUGUUGGAAAAACAGCAUAUGUGACUGGCUGGGGCAGAUUAUAUGAAGAUGGUCCAUUACCAAGUAUAUUGCAAGAAGUUUCGGUACCUGUGAUCAACAAUUCAGUGUGUGAGACAAUGUACCGAUCUGCCGGUUAUAUAGAACAUAUUCCAAAUAUCUUCAUCUGCGCAGGAUGGAGAAAAGGCGGUUAUGAUUCCUGUGAAGGUGACAGUGGUGGUCCAAUGGUGAUCCAACGUCCAGACAGACGAUUCCUGCUGGCGGGCAUCAUUUCUUGGGGCAUCGGAUGUGCAGAGCCAAACCAACCAGGAGUCUACACCAGGAUAUCUGAAUUCCGUGACUGGAUCAAUCAGAUAUUACAGUUCUAG